AUGCUACCAAAAGACGAUCGAAGUAGCUCAUCGCCGCCGUCAAGUUUGAAUGGUGCUGCCUCAGUGGCUAUGAGUGAUAGCAGCGAUGUCGGGAUUCAUGCCAGAUGUGAGUUGUGCCAGAAGGUGAUGCCUCAUUACCGAUCGUUGUCGUCGUUAAUGAACCAUGCCAAGCGACACUAUCAUGUGAAGCAGUUCCAGUGCUCCGAGUGUUCCUAUACCAGUAGCGAAUCGGCACAUGUUCGCACUCACAUGGCUAUUAAACAUCCAAAUGUUGCCGCAAAACCCGUCGAUAACAAUUCCGAAGCAUUGCAAAAUGCAUGGAUCGAAGUGAUGCGCAAAUGUUUUCCAACAUUAACCACAAAAAUUGACCAGUUCCGUUUCAAACACUCGAAGGGUGAUGAAAGCAGCAAAGAGGAGAAUUGUACAGAUGCGGACGACGAAAUUCUGACACGCAGCAAGAGGAAAUUCUCUCUUAGG